UGUGGGAAGAUCAGUUGUUUGGAAUAUUUUCUCAUAUUGAUUUUUUUUUUCCAUCUACAGAACCGGGACAACUAUAUUCGAUCCUGUAAGCUAUUGCCUGAUGGCCGCACUCUUAUCGUCGGAGGGGAGGCCAGCACACUGACCAUUUGGGAUCUUGCCUCCCAGACACCCCGCAUCAAAGCCGAGCUGACCUCCUCCGCACCGGCCUGCUACGCACUGGCCAUCAGCCCCGAUGCCAAGGUGUGCUUCUCCUGCUGCAGCGAUGGAAACAUUGCCGUUUGGGACCUCCACAACCAGACCCUCGUCAGGCAAUUCCAAGGCCACACAGAUGGUGCCAGCUGCAUUGACAUCUCUCAUGAUGGCACCAAGCUCUGGACGGGUGGUCUUGACAACACAGUCCGCUCCUGGGACCUGAGAGAGGGACGGCAACUCCAGCAGCAUGACUUCACAUCUCAGAUCUUCUCCCUGGGCUACUGUCCUACGGGCGAGUGGCUGGCUGUCGGCAUGGAAAGCAGCAAUGUGGAGGUGCUCCACCACACCAAACCUGACAAGUACCAGCUGCACCUUCACGAGAGCUGCGUUCUCUCUCUCAAGUUUGCCUACUGUGGUAAAUGGUUCGUGAGCACUGGGAAGGACAAUCUGUUGAAUGCAUGGAGGACUCCCUACGGCGCCAGCAUAUUCCAGUCAAAGGAAUCAUCCUCAGUCCUGAGCUGUGACAUAUCAGCCGAUGACAAGUACAUUGUUACAGGCUCUGGAGACAAGAAGGCCACGGUGUAUGAAGUGAUCUACUAGACUGCGAGGUAACAGACUGGAGCAGCUCAGGCCUCUGGAGGAGGAAGGGGGGACACACAACUUCUCACUCCAGUGACUCUCCUAGUCAAACAGACAGGAAAAGCCCUUGUCUGUCUGUCUGACUGUCUGUCUCACACUCACUGACUUUUAACUGACUGACCACAGAUGUGGAAGAGUGGACGCUGGGGUGACAUGGACUAGGACACAAAUGUGCAGCCCUACAGACCCCAUACACUCUGCUCAGUUCAUAUGGCACUAGAGAACACUCAAUGUUUCCUUCCUUGCCGUUUUUGUUUUGUUUUUUGCUUCAAAUCUUUCUAUGUUGGAUUUUGGGUCUAUUUUUUUCCUCACUAUGCAGUGAGAACGUUCCAUAAUGCAUCGUGAAGCAGCGCUUCGUUCUGAAACUUCAUCUGUGUGGAGGGUAUGUGAAAAGUGUACAUAAUGGAGUAUUAAAAUGCCUUUUAUAGAUUUAUA